AUGGUUAAACAAAAUUCUUCAAAAAAAUCCAAACAAUCACAUAAGACAAAUCAUAAAAGUGAACAUACUGAUAAAAAUAAACAAACUGUUGGUAAAAGACAACCAAGUGGUUAUCUUAUGUUUUGUGCUGAACAACGAGAAAUUCGAAAAAAUGAUCUUGAAAAAAUGAAACCAAAAGAAAUUAUGCAACAUUUAGGAGCUGAAUGGCGAAAAUUAUCUAUUCAACAACAAGAAUCUUAUAAAGCUAAAGCUCCUGUUAAAGCAAAUCAUGAUGUAUCUAAUAAAGAAGAAUUAAAAUCACAAAAAAGUCAACAAACACAUGGAAAAAGUACUUCUUCUCGUCAUCAUUCUGGUACAAAAACAAAAAGUAAUACAAUACAUAAAACUUCUACAAAAAGUGCUUCAAAAAAGAAGACAAAUACAAAGAAAAUAAAACAUACACAUGAAAAAUCAACCAGUCGAAAAUUAGCUCAUCAUCAUGAAGAUAAUCAUGAAAAUGAUGUUUGUUCAUCAGAAUAA